UGGGGCUCUCGGCCCCGUGACCCGCGGGCCCCGCGGUCAGGACGCAGCCGCGGGGAAGGCGGCCCCGGUGGUCCGGCUCCGCCGCGGGGCCGCUCGCAGGAUGGAGGGCGCCGGGGCCCGCUGCGGCGCUGGAAGAAGCCGCGGUGCUGACGUGGUCUGCGAAAAACGCGUGUUCAAAGGCAAAGUGCCGGAGCCACUCUUUCAGCUGGCAUGCAGUCACCACCACUGUGCUUUCCCUGUCAGUCGCAAUGAGUUGUGUGUCUGGAACGCAGCCACUGCUCAGCCAUUAUAUUUGUCAGGGCAUCAUUACUCAGUUUCUGCACUGUCAUUUGGAAGUAAAAUCAAUCCACUUCUUGUCUGCUCUGCCUCUCAUGAAUGUGUGAUAGUGUGGAAUCUUGAUGAAUGUACACAGAAAGUGCAAGAAGGGUUUACACCUCGAGGAAUUGUUAUAGGAACUCUUCUGGGAAUGGUGCUUCAUGUAAGAUUUAGUCCAGAUGAUCAACAAGUGGCAGUAUGUGCUGGAAAUCAGAUCUACAUGUUAAGUGCAAAGAAUGAAGCUAUACUAGCUGAAAUGCAUGGACACGUGGCUCCGGUGACUGCUGCUGAGUUUUGCACAUGGGAGAAAAGUAUGCUCAUAUCAGUGUCAGAAGACAGAACCUUUAAGGUGUGGGACUAUUCUACCAGUCAGUUAAUAUAUCAGUCAGGAAUAAUAACAGCAUUUCCUUUGCUAAGUCUGUUAAUUGAUGAAGAAAACAAACAGAUUAUCACUGGAUGUACUGAGGGACAGCUUUGGAUCUUCAGUGUAAUCAGUGAACAUAAUUACCGUUGCAUAGCACAUAUCGACUUAAAGAAAGAACAAGAGAAAGUCUGUAAGAAAGUGUGGAAAUCUGGCAAAGAGAUAGGUGAAGGGCAAAAUAAUUCCAAGCUUUGCAAAACAGACAUGAGACCAGAAGGAUCAGUGGAAACAUCAUUGCCUAUCCUCUUAAUUGAACAUUGUGACUUUUUCGUAUGUUUCCAUAAUGAGGAAAACACAUAUUCUUCCCAGAAUACUAGCUAUUUUUGGAUAGGAACCUCCACUGGCUUGUUAAUAAUUAAUUUGGCAAACUUUGAAUUAGAAGCUGUUUUAUCUUACAGAGGUAUUAUUUUGUUCUUCUUUGGUAAAGAUUACAGUGACCUCAGCAUUCGGAUAGCCAGAUCAUGUGCAUUAACAAGGAAGGCAGCUAAUGGAAAGGUUUUAUGCUUGAUUGCCUCGAUGUUUGAAGAUAUGAUUGCUGUGUUGGAAGUUAAGCUUCCGGCAUUAGUGAGAACUCAGCACAGUGAUUUUCUCCCAUGUGAGAAUGAGAAAAGUCUGUCAGUCAUUGCCAGGGGUACUUUAUUGGCAAAUUCUCCAUUGUGUAAAAAUUUAAAGAAGAACAUGAGAGGACCUUCUAGUAAAACACUUGGAGUAAAGAACACAGUGAAGGAUAAACCAUUGGUUUUCCAUAAUAAAAUUAAGUCAUCAGGAUAUACAGCAGCACCACACAUGACCAUGUUUUCUCCAAAUACUAACCUGAAAAAAAAAGAGGCAUCAAAGUGGAAGACCAGUUGUAAAUGUAAAAAUAAAGACUAUCCAUUGGAAAGUUAUCCUCCAAUCAAAUAUGAGAAAGAGAUAUCUGUUACUUGUAAACCAACCCCAAUUUUUUGUGUUCAAUAUUCUGGGGAUGGAGAGCGGCUGGCUUGUGGCCUGGCUGACAAAACUGUGCUGGUAUUCAAUUCCAAUCUCACUGAUGUGCAUGAUGUUUUUUCAGGUCAUGAUGGUGCAGUUAACUCUGUUGGCUGGAGUCAUGACAGGAAGUGGUUAGUUUCUGCAUCAGAAGACAGAACUUUAAGAGUCUGGUCAGUCUACAAUAAGGAACCUGCCCUAAUUCUGGGUAAAGAGAAGUUCCAUAAGACUGCACGCUUUGCACAGUUUUAUUUUAUAGAUACUUUUAUAUUGCUGUGCUGUGGAGCUGAAUUUCAUCUAUUAAGCUUCCAUCUAGACACAACCAAGGAUGACUUAAAACGGUACAAACAGAGGAGUGUUUGCAAAUUGGUACAGAAAUUUCCCAUGACUUCAGCAAUGGAGAUUACCAGCCUUUCAGCAGUAAAUGAGUUCUAUUCUUAUAUUGUACUUACAGCUGGCAGCAAUCGAGCAUUGGAAGUUUUUGACCUCAAUGUAGGCUGCAGCACAGCAGUGAUACAGGAAGCUCAUGUUAGAUCAGUCCAUCAGAUCUGUCAAAAUAAGGGAUCAUCCUUCACCACCCAGCAGCCUGAAGCUUACAACCUUUUCCUGACCACAGCUGCAGGUGAUGGCAUCAAACUGUGGGAUUUAAGAACACUGAGGUGUGAACGUCGAUUUGAAGGGCACAGUAGCCGCUGCUAUCCAUGUGGAAUUGCGGUGUCUCCCUGUGGACGCUUUAUAGCCAGUGGAUCAGAUGACAAAUAUGCUUACAUAUAUGAAAUGCGUUCAAGCACUUUUUUACAUAAACUGGGGAGACACACAGAAUCUGUAAUCAAUGUGAGUUUUAAUCCCUCAUCUCCACAGCUCACCACAGCCACCUUGGAUGGCAAACUUCGAUUGUUUCUACCCUGAUACUCGCCAACCUGUGGAGCUUUGGCCGUGGUACUUUGAGAAUAAUGACUUGAUGAGAGAAAGGAGACUGGUAACUGGCCAGAAGCAAGUAGCAUAAUAUUCCCUUUUAAACUACAGUUUUCUUCUGAUAUUAUUUUCAGGAAGUUCCUCAAGCUGUUCUCAAAGCUUUCUGCUGUAAAAUGUUACCUUUAUUGGAAAAAUAAGGAUGAAAGAUCACAAAAAGGAGGAGACUACUCAUUCUGACUUCGUUCUAGCAAAUCACCGCAGAAGUGGCUUUCAAAGGUCUUCUUGGGUUCUCAUGGUUAGGUGCAUUCUGUAGUGCUUUGCUAGACGGGGACCACUUUAAUCUAGAAAAUUCAAGUAAAAUAACAAGUGUUCCAUUUUUAAAGCUAGAUCUGUUUGUGAGAAAUGUUUAAAUUAGUCUGAAAGAAAGAAGGAUUGUAUGCCUUUCUGAAAUGCCAUGAAAGUCCUUCUGCUAUACUUUGGGGUUACUGGAAUCAGCAUGGAUGUUGUUUGACAUAAGAAUUUUGCUGGUUUACUAUUUAUACCAUUUUGUAAAUUUCUUAGUGAACAUGUGACAAAUGUCCUCUCAUUAAAAGAAUCCAUUUCUGUCUUUUAAAUAACUGUUAAAUAUUUUCAAAAAUGUUAAAAUAAUAUGAAAAUAAAAUUAUCAGAAAAAAAUGUUCAUUUCUUGCAUUAUUCCUCAGUUACUUGUCUUGCUCUUAGAAAAGAGUUUUUAGACAACCUUUUUUGUUUUGGCUAUACAUUAUCAUUCUUCAUUGACUUUAGCUAAGAGUAGAGAGCAUAUAUGUGACUGGCAAAAGGAGAUGGAGUUUUUCUUUUCCUUGCAAAAUUGUGCUGCCUUUUCAAAGUUAAAAUUCCUAAAACAUAAUUUAUUAAUCAGAUUAUUUAAAAAAAUAAAAAGAUUAAAAAUUUGAGAUACUACCCCUACUUUAACACCAAUCCGUAAAUCCAGAUAAUUUUCAGUACUGUAAAGAAUGUUUUAAUAGCUGCCCUUAAUUUUUGCAUAUAAUAUUAAGUAGAUUGAGUUAUUUCUAUAAAUUGUUUAGUUUCCAUUUAACAAUCUUUUGUAAAGGAUUUAGAAGUUUUUUUCUGAGCAAAAUCAUACACUGGUGGGAUACACUGUAUCAUAUCCAGGUAUUCUCAUGUUCUCUAGAACAUAGUGAUAUCAUCAAUGACUAUAGUAGUGCAGCCAGAUCAUACUCAGCAGAACUCUGAAUAUCAGAAUAAGGUUUUGUGUGAUCAAAGAAAAUGUGAAAUAACCCAUUUCAAUACUUUUAAAUACUCUUUCAGUUCAAAAUCAGAUUAACCAAGAAAUCAUCCUCUGUGUUGCCGCUAAAUGCUGGUAUGCCACAUUUACAAAUAAUCGGCAAGAUUUAAAUUUUAAUUUCCACCACAGGGGUCUUCAGGAUGGUCUCAUUCAAAUUUAAUUUAGCUAAUUUUCUCAUCUGCAUGCUGUGAAUUCCACAUCAAGAGUCACUAUCUAAUACAGAAGAUAGCCCAUAGCUGUAUUUCCAAGUAAAGUGUUUCUGAGCCCUGGAUUGCAACUUAGUAGUGACUGACUCUUCAGGCAGGUUGAAAUACCUGCUAAAAAAGAGCUAUGAACUGUAAUUAUGACUUUUUUAAAGAAAGCACCACAUUUUUUUUGACAGAAGAAUAAUAUCCUCAGGCUUAAGGCAGAAGACACUUAGAAAAACUAUGGAUUCUUGCUGCAAGCAUGGAGAUUGUCACAAUCCCCAUUGGACUGAAAUAAAAGGGAAAUAUUCAAUUUUCUAGAUCUCUUACCUUCAAGAACUACCUGCUGUUAUUACCAGUCAGACAGUGUGUAUCCUCAAAACCCCUUCUAAUCUUGAGCUAGUUUAAUCUCUGAACUUUUCUUCUAAAUAUAAUGUAUUAUCUCUCUUUCCUUAAAGUGAGACUCAGCUGUAUGCUGCUUUCUGGUACUUUUAUCAAGGACUUUUUCAGGAUAGAAAACUCUUCGGGGCAUUUUGGCUGUGACCACAGCAUCAUCAAUCCAUGCUGAAGAGAGACAUUCAUCUGUUCAGCCCUUGCAGAUGUGCAGCUCUUCCACAGCCCAGGAAUUUGUUAACCCC